AUGCCUGUUCUGGGGUUUGGCACCUCUGCUGCUAGGAAGGUUACUAUGAGUAAUGUAGAAGAGGCCGUCCAGGUAGCAAUUGAUGUAGGCUACCACCAUAUUGACUCAGCUUAUUCGUACCUGAAUGAAGAAGCCAUCGGGCAGGCCAUCCAAAAGAAGAUUGCCAAUGGCACUGUGAAGAGAAAAGAUAUAUUCUAUACCACAAAGGUGUGGGGCACCUUUUCCUGCCCAGAAUUGGUCCAAAGAGGCCUUGAAAUGUCACUGAAGAAACUUCAGCUGAGCUACGUGGAUCUUUACCUUUUUCAUUUCCCAGUACCUUUGCAGCCUGGGGAGGAGAUUUUGCCGAUGGAUGCACAGGGAAAGAUCAUUUUUGACACAGUGGAUCUCUGCAGCACAUGGGAGGUGGAAUGUCACCCUUACCUCAACCACAGCAAACUCCUGGAGUUCUGCAAGUCCAAGGACAUUGUCAUGACUGCACAUUCUGCCUUGGGGUCUGACUCAGACAAGGAAUGGGUGAAAAAAGGCAACCCAGUUCUCCUGGAGGAUCCAAUACUCAAUGCCAUUGCUGAAAAGCACAGGCGAACUCCAGGCCAGGUUGCCUUGCGCUACCAGCUGCAGUGGGGGGUGGUGGUCCUGGCAAAGAACUUCAAUGAGAAGAGAAUCACAGAAAACUUCCAGGUUUUUGACUUCCAGCUGACACCAGAGGACAUGAAAACAAUAGACGGCUUGAGCAAGAAUACACGCUAUUUGGAAAUGUCUAUUCCACUGUCAAAAGAAUGUGGAUGUGGCUCUAGCCUUAACCCCUCCUACCUUUUACUGUGUAAUUCAAACACAAAAUCUGUCUCAGAGCACAGGAAGGAGGAAGUGGAAAUGAUAAAGAGGAUCACUUUGCUGAAAUAUAAUCAGACCUAUUUAGCCUGGACAGUGAAAAACAAUGGCCCAAUAUACAUGGCGUUCUGUGAAACUGAAUGA